AUGGGCGCUGCUCACUCCCAACACUCUGCCUCCGUUCGAGUCUCUCCUGUCUGUGGCUACUCCAAACACACAGCAAACACUGGAACAAAGUCCAUCACCAUCCACAGUGAGGGACCAAGUACUGAGGGCACUCGUGUCACUACGGGUUCUGAGCCUCACCUUGCUUCUACUUCCGUUCGUUCAAUUUACAAACAAGCUGGAAGUAAUUUGAACAGUAGGUGGAACAGUCGGAGAAAGGAUUUUGCUUUCAGAACAGAGACAAGCCGUUUGAGUGUGAAUGGUGGAGGAGUCCACGACUGUGUGCCCUUGGACAACAGUACAUGGACUAGAAGUUCUUCAAAAAAAAAAGUUCGUCCUCGAACACUGAAACAGACAUCUCACAACUCCACGAACUCCUCCUACAUAGCUGACUGUAGUCCAGACAGAAGUGCUGUGGCACAGAGUGAUUUAAAUGUCUCAGGUCGAGACAGUUUCGUUGCUACAAACGAGCCCCAGAUAAGAGUAGGUUUGAAUCGCCUCUUCUCCACAGACACCACCUUUAGCAUUAACGAACAUCUCAAUAAUUUCCAGUCACAUUCACGAUGUGAUCUAUUGGACUAUGCGGACAGGCGAUCCAACCUCUCUGAAAUGGAUCCAGCUUCUUCACGGCUCGUUCAGCGCCGCCAUCUCUCGGAACUGUGUCUUCAUUUGGAUGGUUUGAAUAAUGGAAACAAUAAUAACAGUCACCAUAUCCCAAUCACCCUCCGAUCUCCACGACAAUCUCACCUUCCACUAGCUCAGUGUAUAGUACCAACUUACGACUUCGGCACGCAGACCACCGAGGUUGGACCAUUUACUAGGAUGGCCACCACAACGACAUCUAUGUAUGCUCCAAAGUCGAAAAUCAAGUCGCCCUCCUGUCAGGUCACGCCUGCGCACUCUGCCCUCUGCACCAACCACCUUGUCGCGCCCCAACUCUCUCGGUCUCCCCUCAGCAGUGAAGCCGAACUACUCAGUCCUGAUAAUGACGAGGGUAAUGACGCCUUGGACAAUUAUCACGACUACGUGAAUCUCCCUCAAUCCCGAUCACGCUCGGUCAAAAUGCAUAAGAAGCAGCAGCAACAUCAGCCCCCCAUAGAAGUCAAAACGAAGGCGGACGAAGUCAACGAAGAUCCAGGGAGAAUACCACUGCCCAUUCGGCGUCUUUCCAAAUCUCGAUGGCGGAUAGUGUCACGAGGCAAAAAUUUAACAAAGUCCAUAUCUUGUUACGCUCUUAAGUUUUUCGGACAACAAAACCGAAGUUAUGAGGCCUCCGACCAAUUACUGAUAGGUGCCAGUCAGUGCGUCCUUCCAAUGCCCAGCCAGCGUCCACCACCACCACCACGGCCUCCUACUUUGGCUAUGCUCAAAAGGGGAAGAGUGGAUGGGUUGGUGGUGCAGAGGGACACCCCUAAUCCUUCUUCUGAUGAUCUUGGACAAACACUCCAGCGCGUUCUUUGUCUUGGUCAAUCAGAAGAGAUGGACAGCGCUCCCAAACUGUCACACAUUGUUUCCCUCCAAGCCAAGAUGAAUCGCAGUUUAAGUGCAUUUGGGAAAGAGGAAGCAGUGAAUCCAAGGCGCCAUGCAGUUAGACGGUCAACCUUCCAGCACUCGAUCAAAGACGGUUUGAGGAGAGAUAAACUUCAAAUUCUUCAGACCACCAGCACCAAGGAACUACUCCAUUGUCUUUCCAUUUUUAUUCUUCGGCAUUGUGAUAAAUUGUGUGAGCCUAACGCAGUAGACUCUCCACUCUAUCCUGAGGAAAUAAUCGCCUGGAUUAGGGAUAUUGAUAGAGCGUUGAUACAGCAGGGCUGGACAGACGUUCCCUUUCUCAGUCCAGCAAACGUGGUCUUUCUCUUCAUUAUGAUCAAAGGUUUUGUGGAUUCCAGCAUAACCUGCAGUCGAGAACUGCACUCCCUCGUUAUGGUCUGCCUCUACCUCUCCUAUGGGUAUAUGGGGAACGAGAUUAGUUAUCCCCUCAAACCCUUUCUCAACGCAGAAAUCCUCUACAGCAUGUUGCAUGAAAACGAUUCUCAGCGAUUUCGCAGCAUGACUACUGCCGAUGCAAUGUCUUCAAGGAAUCCAAAGGUGGUAAAUCGCUUUCGAGACGCCUUUUGGGAGACCUGUGUGCGUGUUUUGAAGUGCAAAAGUAAGGACAUGCUCCAACUCAAUUCAGACGCUAUUUUCUUUACCCAAAGCAUUGCCGAGUUGCGUUCGUACGCUAAUUCAUCGGAACAGAAAUCGACCACACCUUCGGCCUAA